AUGGAGACAGAGCGGGGCUCACUCGGCCCUCGGGAUGUGGAUAAUCCCAAAAAGGAAGUUCAACUGAGGGUAAUCCCGUCGGAGCUGAAGUUCCUGGAUGCAGUAUCUGGGAAAGUGUACCGACUCCCUCUUACUGUACACAAUUUGGGCCGCUGGAACCAGAAGAUGAGGUUUCAAGAGCCCGUGAAGCCACAGUUCAAACUGUUGUUGACCAGUCUGGAUAAGGAACUUGCUUCUGGCCUUCAAAUGACAGCAAUGGUGGAAUAUCAUCCUGAUAAAAAUGAAGACAUGUUUGAUCACAUGUUUAUUUCUGUAGGAAAUAAAGUACUAGAUAUUCCUCUGGUCGGGCUGAUUCCAACCUGUCAACUGGAAAUUGUGCCAGUAGUUGAUUUUGGCACAUUAGUUGCCAAUAGUAAAGUGCAUUGUAAAGAGAUUAGUAUUAUUAACCAUGGCAAAGCUCCAGGUACAUUUAAAACAGAAUACCAGGGUCAGUUACCUAUUGUCAUUUCUCCAAGUAGUGGUACUGUGAAAGCUAAGUCAUCAAUGGUCAUCAAAGUGGAUUUCUGUGCAGACCAGUCCCAAUUUGUAAAUGAAGAGGCAAGAGUGAGUUUGCAAGGUCGUCCUGAUACAUUCUUGAACAUCAAAGUUCAUGUGGUUGAACAGAUAAUCGAAUUGUUUAACAUGAAUAGUGACAGGAAGUUGGAAUGUAUACGAUUUGGUUCUGUUUUCUUUGGAACAUCAAAAAUUGAGCAAGCAGUUCUGUUUAACAAUAGCCCUGAAACCAUAAAUUGGGUUGCAAUAAUGCAAGAUGAUUGUGUUGGAGAAGAACUGGGAACAAAUAUUCAUCAAAGGACAGAUAUUGCCUUAAACAAUCUCCCCUACUUAAACAAAAUAAAGAAAAUAGAUAUGACUGAUUUUAUCUCCUGUGUUCCCAAUGAAGGAACUUUACUCCCUUACCAAAAGAUUGUAAUUACAUUUUGCUUCAGCCCAAAGCUGGUAGUUGAUAUUAAAAAGGACAUUGGGCCUUCACAUAGGCAAGACUAUGCACUGUUUGUGAGAUUUGAUUCUGUGGGAAGUAAAGAUGGAUUUUUGAGAGAUGAUAACUCUAAUACCAUGAAAAGUCAUCGACUUCAGAAAGUAGAAUUAGCUUUGACAGGCUCUGGACUUCCUGUCAUCUUGCAGUUUGACCCAGGAAAAUCACUUACAUUUCCACCUUGUUUCAUGGGUGAACAUUCAGAUCUUCUAUGCAUUGUAAAAAAUCAAUCCAUAUCACUUCCUGUGAUAUACCAUUUUCAAAAAACUGCGCACUUUAAAAUGGAUCCUGAAAGGGGCAAAAUUGAUGAAGGAUGUAUUCAGAAUGUGAUAUGUUCCUUUGUUCCACAUCAAAUUGGAGUGUUUAAAGUGAAGCAAGUGAUCGAGAUUAUUGGCCCAGUGGCAGAUGAAAAUUUACGGUCUUUGUCGAUGAAACCUUUUCAUUAUAUAAAUUUAGAAUUCAACAGCGUUUGCAAAGCUUACACUAAGAAAGUUGGGGUGAAAAUUAAUCCUGGUAUAUCCCCCUUGAUCAGUAAUCCCACAAGACAAUUUGUGAUAAAAAAUUCAGAGAAAAAGGAAGAUCUUCCACCUGUAGCAGCAAUGCUGCGGUCAGCCAUGACAAACCUUCAUACUCAUCAGUCAAAUGAUGUGUCAGCGAAGGAUGCACUGAUUGCCUUUCCUAAUGAUAGAGCUGCAAGCAUCAGGUGUGGAGACCACCAUGAACAGUUCAGAACAAUUUUCACAAAGAUGCCAAGGCAUUACUAUACGGAUCCUGAUUAUGAAUACACUGAUUUGGAAAAACUGGAAAGGAAAAUACAUCAAGAUUACUACAGAGAUUAUAUUAGAAAUUCAAGGAAUGCACGCCUACAGAAAGAAGCACAGAGGGGACGCAUGUAUCCACUUAAUGAAGUAGAUAUAGGCAUGCUGCCAUCAUCUGGUCUAAGGUCACCAUCACUGUCUCAAUCAGAAAUAGAAGAGGAAAUACCUUCAUCCUUAAAGUCUUCUUCUCUCAAAGUUAAAAGAUUGCUAAGCACCAAGAAAAUAGCAUCCAGGGAGACAGAAUCUCUGCAGAGAAAGAUCAUCAAAGGACUUAAAUCAAAGCCAACCACUUACCUUGAGAAACAAGACUGCAGCAAAGUUUUGACACCAAAGCAAAUCCAUCAAGUAAUUGUUGGACCAUCUGUCCUUAACUUUGGUAAUAUUUGUGUGAAAUCUACAAAUACUCAGCUACUUCACAUUGUUAAUAUGCUGCCCAUGUAUAUAUUGAUACAGUUAGAUAUUGAUUUGGAAGAACUUCAGAAAACCAACCAAUUUUCAUAUGUGAUCCCACCUACAUCUAGUACAUAUGUUUCGAUGGUAUUUGAGUCUUCUACCAAUGGAAAAUUUUGGAAAUCAUUCACCUUCAGAAUUAACAACAUCCCUGGUGGACACAUCCUAGUGAUGGCUGUCAUCCUGCCUGUAAAACUUGAACUGUCUUGUAAUGAUAUUGUAUUGAGACCACAAACCUUCUUGUUGAAAACAUGUUUUCGGGGAACAGUUAGGCUAUAUAAUCAUCUGAAUCGUCCUGCCCAAUUUGUAUGGAAACCAGUAAGUGCACUGAGAGGAAUGGCAUUUACUAUUCGUCCAGCCCAAGGCAUUGUUGAUCCUUAUUGCUCACUGGAAUGUGAAGUCACCUGGCAGCCAGGAUUUAGUUCUCCGGAAAAGGGAGAGUUUGUACUUCAAGUGUAUGGAGGAAAUACUUUGACACUCAAGUGUAUUGCACAUGUUGGACAUACUAAAGUCACCUUUUUAGAGCCAAGAAUACUAUUUAGUAAUACAUCGCAAGGUUUAACUACUUGGAGGAAAGCCAUUCUUCACAAUAUAGGGCAAAACCAUGCUUAUUUCAAGGUUUGUGAUCAAAGCCUUUUGCCUACCAUUAAUAUCAUUCCAUCAGAAGGAGUAAUCCCAUUUGGGGGAAUAACUGUUCUUAAUAUCUCCUGUACACCUACUGUGGCAGAAAAAUUUGAUACAAGAGCAAAGGUUGCUAUUCACCGUGCAAAUGUUAUAGAUCUUUGAAUUUCUGGAUCUGUUGAAAUUGCUGAUGUUGAAAUCACACCUAAUGUAUUUAAUUUCAGUGGCACCUAUGUUGGCACUACAGAAACUAUUCCAUUUAUAAUUAAAAACAAAGGUGUGACACGGGCCAAAGUAGAGUUCAAUCUAAAAGAAUUUCCACUUUUUGCAAUGGAUUUUAAGGGAAAUGCAGGAGAGUUAAAAAACACAGAAGUUCCUUAUAUGUAUGCCAUAGAGGUGGAGGAAAGCACAUCUGUGGAAUGUGGCAUAGCAUUUUCUCCUGUAGAAGUAGCAACAUAUAACUUUAGCUUUCCUGUCCUUAUUAAUUCCUUCAAGGCUUCAGAACUCUACUGCGAAUAUUUGUCACAGAAACAGAUUUUGAUGCCAAGAGUGUCACCACUUAUUCCACCUUGUUUUGUUCAAGCUACUGUAUUGAGAGCACCAUUGGAAUUAUCCAGCACUGAAUUUGUCUUCAAAGUCCCAUUAUAUGAGAUCCAACAUAAUAAGGAGAUCACAAGAAUUCAGGAUCUUGUCUUAUAUAAUAUUUCAAAAAAAACUGUUCAGUGGUCUUUGGAUAUUGGUAGAAUUGAAAAACUUUUCAAAAGUGGCAUAUUCAAAUUUACUGCACUGAUUGGAAGUCUGAAACCAAACGAAAAGUAUACGAUUUCCAUACAUUUCUGUCCAAGAGAGCCCAUAACCUACCGAGCUGAUGUUGCUAUACGUUUAAAUGAUAAUUUAUUUGACUAUAGAAUAUUAAGUUUGAUUGGAGAGAUACAAUCACCAAAGAUACUUUUUGAUCCACCAUUUAUAUGUUUUACUCCUGUUCCUUUGGAUAUCACAGCUGGGGUGGAUAUCAGAAUUUUGCCACAGAACUAUUUCAGAAAUUCAAAUCUACAGUUCAAGAUUCCUACUGCAAAACUUCUUGAUGAUGAUGAGAUUCAACCACUUACUGUGACAUUUCCUAAAGGAAGAGCUAUCAUAGGCUCUGAUACUGGAAUUAAUGAUGAGCUACCAUGUCAUCUUAGUUUCAAUUCAUCUAAACCUGUUUCAUUUUUUGCCAAUCUUCUCUUUUGUGAUGACAAAAAUAACUGGUUUUCACUCCCAGUUACAGCAACAGCAGAAAAUUGCCUUCUUACUAUUUAUCUAUAUUUGGCAGUUCAUCUGGACAAGCAAAAAGUUAUUUUAAAGGAUGAUAAAGAAGGAAAUACUAAAAAGCCUAGAGGCAGUUUUUUGAUUCCUACGGUUCCACAUAGGGAUUCCAAACAUUUUGCAAAAAAGGGAUCCAUUGUUCCUAAAGUUAAUGAUGCUGAAGUUACAUAUGGGAACCUAUUUGUUGGGAUGGAAAUUGGACAUGAUCAUGUGGACUCAGAUGAAAGUAUUUCAGAUAGAGCCAAUCCUGGAUCUCUCGAAAAUGAAGAGAAGAAUCAACAAUUCUUUGCACCUGCAGAAGGAUCAAAGGCUUAUGACUAUUUUCAGAAGGUUGUUAAUGCAGCUCAGACCUGGUUCAGUCUCUUUGGGUGGCCUGAAGGGCCCCAUUCUCUUUCUAUUCCUGAGACAAUAAGAAGGGAUGUGCAGAAAAUACAAUUCUAUUCAGCAUCCUCACCAGCCAAGAAAUUUUCCAGACAGCAUGAUUUUUCCAAAUAUAAUAAGACAAUUUAUGAUGUGGUUCUUAACUUGAGUGGAAGACUACCACCUGGCAUUAACUCAAACCAGUCCUUACCUGUGAACAACACUGAAAGGGUGAUCCAGCUCCAUUCGCAACAUGCCUCACUUCUAGACUUUAUCACUGCUCAAGGUGGAUGCAUUUCUCAUGUACUUCCUGAAUUUUUGCUUGGACCAGAAGAUUAUAAGAAGUGGCUUGAAAUUACAACAUCCACUAAAAACACAACUCUCUGUACACUUAAGGAAAGGUAUUCUGUUAAUAUAGAUAUGGAUAAUUUUGAAGCCUGGAGUACCAGGGCAUGGACAGAUGUAUUUCUUCAGAUAUACAAGGUUAUGGUUCUCUCUCGGGUCACACCACAUAGCUACAAUUCUGCUCCACCUCUACAUGGGGAGACUACAUCCAAAAUCAACCCUUGUUUUGCAUCCAGCAACAUAUAUUCUAAUUCUGAAAGAAUUCUACUUAGUUGGUUGAAUACAAAUUAUGAGAGUCAUCGACAUGUUAUAUGGAAAAACAAUAAAACAGAUGGUGUUCCUUCUGAGAGAUGGAUAGUGAAUUUUGAGGCAGAUCUUUUUGAUGGCCUUGUUUUUGCUACACAGCUGGCAGCAUACUGCCCAUUUUUGAUUGAGUCUCAUUUUACAAGUAUGUACACACGACCAAAACGUCCUGAACAGUAUUUGCACAAUAGCUUGAUUAUUAUAAAUAGUCUUCGUGAAAUUGGCUUUGAUUUGAACAUACAGGCCAUUGACAUCUGUGAUCCAAACCCAGUACUGAUGCUAAUGCUCUGUGUCUACAUGUAUGAAAGGCUGCCUACAUACCUCCCCAAGAAGGUGGUGCCAUUCUCUUGUACUCUGUAUGAUGUUGUGCUGGGACAGAUACUAGUGAAAAAUCCAAGCUUGAAAAAUUUAGUGUAUACAGCUACAAUUGUUGGAAGAGAUGCUUCUGACUUCUGUCUUGCCCAGACUGGGAAUAUUGUAACAAUUUCCCCGAAAAACCAAAUUGUCCUCAUUGUGAAAUUUUUAAGUCGGUUCCUCCAUCCUGCUGAAGCUACACUAUUAUUAAUUUCAAAACCUAAGGCCGGAGUCGGAGGCAGUACUAUGGCUUUUGCUCUGAAAGGAGAAGUACUAAAUUUUAAAGCAAUUGAUAUUCUAAAAUGCAAAGCUCCAUGUUAUCAAUGGAAAGAAGUCUCUGUGAAUGUGAAAAAUCCCUUUGUGAUGGGUGGAGAUUUUCGUGUCAUUCUUGUGGAAUCUACAACACUUAUGUAUUUGCCAAAACAAGUAAAUGAUUCAUCAAAAUCUGCUGUGAUGCCUGAUCAUAGUAUGAAUAGUGACUAUGAUGGCGAUCGGAGUUCUUCCCAUGCUGAAAAUGGCUUAAGAACCUCAAUUAAGUCUAACUUCAUCAGAGAAUUCUUCUGUUCAAUGCCUACAAUUUUCUUGGGAGCAAAAGGAUCUUCAAGCCUGGAGAUCUACUAUCUUCCCUUUGACAUGCAUAUUCGCUAUUGUGCCAUCAUCCUGAGCAACAAAUCGAUUGGAGAUUUGAUAUAUAUUAUAGAAGGAAAAGGUUUGAUACCCUUGCCUUCCAAUUUCCUUCCAAUGAAGCCUCCGACUCCAAUUGACUACAGUACUUCUCUAGAUGAAGAAUGUAAUAAGGAAGAUCCAGUCCUAUAUUUGAGCUGUAAGCCUCAUCAAAUACUUGAUAUGGACCUUAAAGUACCACUGACUAAUGAAGCCAAGGAAAAGGCUUUGGCUUUUGCAGCACAACAACAGAUGUCAACUCUUGAGUAUGAACGAAGAGCUGUCACUGGCACACUGGAGAGCAGUACCAUCCGUGUAGCCAUUGCCCUCCUAGGACUAACCAAGAUUGAGUGCCUUUUGCUCUUUAAUAUGUCGAAGUUGAAAAAGCCUAAAUCCAUUUUAUAUACAACAGAGCUGAGCCUUCCGGCCCAUUUCAAUAUACCCAGAAAAAUUUACAUCCCUCAGAUUCCAGAGCCUCCAGCUAUCCAGACUCAAUCUCCACAAAUUAACCCUCACAUUGUAACAGGAGACCAACCAGGCGAGAAGCAACUGCCAAGCACCCAAGCAGCUUUAGAAGGAACAGUUUCAGUUCCUCUACGAUUUGCUCCCCUUGGGCCUGGACGAUACCCUUGUAAAAUUUUGUUGGUAUCAAGAUAUGAUGUGCGUGUGUAUGUAAUUGAAGGUAUAGUAAAUGAAGAAGAACCAGAGGCUGAAUUGUUGUUUAAAACACCAGCAUUUGAACCACUCACACAGCAUAUCCCAAUAAAAAAUGAAACAAAGAAACCUUGGAAAUUUCAAAUUAAAAUAGAAGGAGAAUGGUUUUGUGGACCUCCGAUUUUACAUGUUGGCCCUGGUGAAACUAUUCAGUAUCCUUUGACAUUCAAACCCAUUUUGGAAUGUGAAGUUAUGGGUAAACUUACUUUACAAAAUGAAGUGGAUGGUAUGGCACACAUCAUUGAAAUUGAUGGGAUUGGGACAAAACCCCUGGCCUUGGAUCACAUUGUUAUAGACUGCAAAGUGGGAAAUGUGACAGAUAAGUCCAUAAUAGUACCUAAUCAUACAAAAAGUCUGCUGACAUUUAAG